UAUUUACACAUUAUUAAAGAUCACGUAGAGGAGAAGUGUAUGGAGAUAAAAAUACAUGUGCAGGUGAGGUAGAAAAUCUAUGCGCUUAAAAAACUCAGCUAAAAGAGAGAACAUCUAUAAAUACAAAUAACUAUGCAAAAUAAAGUAUCAACAUGUUACGUGCCCUAUCACAUCCUAUUUUGACAAGUUAGGCUGCUAUAGAUAACGGUAAAGAAGGCUGAAGACCAAAUCAAGAUAAUUCAUUAUAAAAUCUUUUGAUGUGAAAGCAUUUCCAUGAUUUGUAUAUAGACAAAGACAGAAUCAGUAAGUGCAUGUUCAUAUCCAUAGUUGGACUCCAUGGUAUUUUGAUGAGUACUGUCCUCGAGAUUUUCAGUACAUUUGGGGGAGGGGGGGAUGUGAAAACAAGCCAGGACAUUACAAAGCCUUUCUAAGAUUCAAAACUUAUUCAUAAUGUUAACGGUCAUAAUGAAUAAACCAACGUCUACCUCUUUGUCUUACAGUUAACCAGAAUGACUUGGGUAGUAUCAUUAAUAUAACAUGUGGACCACAGUAACGCUGCUGAGACACAAUGAGUGAGAGUCCAUGGUAGAAGAGAAAGACAAACGGAACAAACGAAAAUCAUUUGGUAUUUAAUAGAAUGUAUAAGAUAUUCAUCGACAUCUGAGAAAUCAAUGAAGAAAUGAAAUGAUUUCACUGUCCAUAGGUGAACAAAGCAAUACACAGAAAUAGACUUCUUCUGGAAGGAAAAUUCAGAAAUUACCUAAAUUAGCCGAGCUACUCUCAACAGCUUUUUGGCCUUUUAGAAAUAAAUUACUCAUGGAUAAAAAUAAAUAAAUCUAAAUAAGUUUUUUAGUUUUUAGUUUAAUUUUUACUAAAUUUAACGAAAAUAUGAAGGGCACACUAAUUGCUAAAACAAGUAAAUAUGAUUUACUCAAUGAAAAGAUAAAAGAAAGUCUAUGCUUGACCAAAAUAUCACACUAAAAAUACUUCAUUACAAGUAAAAUUCUUGCAAUGAAAAUAUAGUAAAAGGAUGUACUUUAUACAUUAAAAACAUGUCAUAUUUAUGAUGGGUGGUUUGAAUGCAUACUUUUUUAUUAGCUCAUCACACGUUUUGUAUGUAAAAUCUGGAUUUCUAAAGUUAUUAGUAGGAUAAUAGCUGUCAGAUAAAUGUGAAAGUGCGAUAUUUCUCUCUGAAUUGAAGUAAGGUAGAUGUAUAAAGUAGCAUAAAAUGAAAUAAUAUAUCAUCCAUAUUUCUAAAACACUUUCGGGGAUAGCCUGUGCGUUCACUCCAGUCUGUGUUGUUACACUCCAGUCCAGUAGACGACAGUAAUGCUCCGCGUGCUUCGAUAUGCCCGACGCCAAAACGCUCAUUUCACAGAAGAAAUAUUUUUCUUUUCGGAAGAAGAUCCCGACAAAGCGGCCCUAUUUCUUUUCAGCCAGAAAAAGUCGAAUAAUCCAAAAACCGACGAUGUACGCCAGGACUAAUACCGGCAGCACACAUGGAGACUUUCAGGACAGAAACGGAGUGAAUUACGUGACAUCGACAGAGUCUUUCGGCCACUGCUCUCAAUUGUUCUGGAAAAAGGAUCCCAACGACUCCGGACCAAGUUCGACCAUCAGCUGGUGUGACCAGCUCCCCACGUCUGCGGCGGCCCUCUCCAGCUCCAGUCUCUCCUCAGCGUCCCUCUCCAGCUCCAGCCUCUCCUUGGAGUCCCGAGCGCCGCCACCACCGCCGGCGGCCGCGACUACACCGGUUGACAUGGACUCGGACGAGAGGCCGUACAUCUGCGACCUGUGCACCUGCGCCUACAAGCACGCCAGCUCCCUGCUCAACCACAAGCUCACCCACAAGAUCGGAGACUUCAGGUGCGACUUUUGCAGCAAGCCCUACACCAACUACAUGUCCCUGCGCAACCACAUGCGAAUCCACGGGCAGAAGCGUUACAUGUGCGACCUGUGCGGGAAGGCCUUCCGCCUGGCCCGGUACCUCCGCAACCACCAGAGGAUCCACGACGACGGGCCCAACCGCUUCGACUGUCCCUCAUGCUGCAAGAGCUACAGGACCAUGCUGGAGCUGGCCCAGCACCGCUGCACAGCUGCCUCGACCAACCAGAACCGGUUCAACUGCCCGUCCUGCUUUAAGAGCUACCGAACCAUGCUGGACCUGGCCCAGCACCGGUGCAGCGCCGCGGCCAAAAACCAGUCCGGCAGUCGUCGCUACGCUGCCAACUCUCGCCGUCAGCAGCAGCAGCAACAGCAACAGCAGCAGAACAGCGCCAACUCCAUGAUGCAACCGCCGCACGGAGGACACGGCCAGCAGGAACCUCUGCCCUCCCACUGCGUCUCCCCCAUGUCCCAGGGAGGGCCAGGCGGCGUGUCCAGCCAGUCUGUGCCUGACCCCCACCAGGGCCGUCCCAGCUCGGUGUCCUCCCAGAGCAGCCAGCAGAGCAUGAGGAGCUCGUCCUCCAACAAACACAUCUCCUCCAGUGCCACCCCGUCCUCCUCCUACUCCCUGCUCCAGCCCCUGGUGCCUGAGGUAAAGGAGCUGAGCUCGGGAUACACUAGGCUGAGCGCCAACCCCAUGGCUCUCUACCCGUUCUCCCCCCACCUCCCCCUGCAGCCGAAGCACCAGGACACUUUCUCUCUGGCCCCCCAGCGGCCUCUCACCACCAUCAACCCCAUCGGCCACUCCCUCCAUCCAAACGGAGUGCCCACGCUCAAGCCUUCCCCCGUGCCACGCACCAUCCAGGCCAUGCCCUGGGAGCAGCGCUCCCUCUACAAUCAAUGAGACACCCCCCCCCCACCCCCCCCUCACGUCGUGUCCAGCACCACACACCCUCCUCACCCCCCUCUCCCCACACCCCUUUCGGACCCAGCAUUGAGGAGGGAGGACUUUGGACGCCCCUCCACCGCCUCGCCCCUCCUUUUGGAACGUUGUGUUUGGGAUGGGGAGGAGGGGGCGGGCAACCCUUGAGAACUAGUUGAGAUUGAAUAACUGAGUAGUUAGGUUUAAAAAGAAAAAAAAAAAAUGUGUUGCCUUGACCCUCAUGUAUGAUCUAUGCCAUGUACUGGAUAUAAGUUAAAAUGUCUGUCCCCUCACUUAAGAAUUUAUCUCCCCGUCCUCCUCUCCCACUGUAGUUAUGAAAAUAUCUAUCCUUCCCAUUAUGAAUAGUGUCUCCCCCCAACCCUCCUUUUUGUUCCCCCCAUGCGUUCAAUGAAACAAAAAGCUAUUCUCUAUCCAGAGCGUAUUCCAGGGCGCCAAUUAAAUGUGACAAAAUUCUCCCUUCGGCCCGAUAUGUUUUCCUGAACAUAAAACGUUUAAGUCAAAUGAAGCUUCUAGAAGGAGAAGGGGGAACCGUUUUCUCUGUUGUUUUUUUUUAAGCGUACCCUCUUCAACGUGCUCCAGAAUGAAGACUGUAUAUUGUGUGUUCAGGAGGCGUCCUGACAAUUUCCCGAAAGCCGUUUCCUUCACAACUCUCGUCUCCAAGCAUCAGCAGUAACGACCAGGACGGACACCAACGCGAGGAUGGUUUGGCUCCCUAGUGUUCCAUGAAAAGGACCUCAACGUUACCGGAGGGAGGGGGGGGGGGGUCUUGCUCUUACCUUCUCUUUAAUACACAACUGAAAGCUCACUAGUUUGUUUUUUGAUUCUAAACUUUCAUCUGACUAGUGGCUUGUUGUUGUUGUAGUUUUAACGAUCUGUCGAGUGGGGGG